GGAAGCUGCUGCUGCUGACAGCACAGCACUUGCAGGUCCUUCUCUGAGACCCAUGGUGUUUCGUGCCAGGGAUUUGCAGGUCCAGCCCCUUGAUCUGUCUCGGAUUUAGGAUUAACUCGCCUGCUGAGAGAUGGUCUUGUCUGAACUGUUUAAAGACACUUAAAGCAGUUUUGUCCCCCUAGUGGUGAAGGACACUCUGACCAAUGGAGCCCCGGAUUCCCCAUAACAUAACUGUGGUCCCAAACUCCGUCAUGGUACAGCCGUUACUGGACAGUCGGAUCCCAUAUGGGAGGCUGCAGCAUCCGCUCACCAUCCUGCCUAUUGAUCAGAUGAAGACUACUCACAUUGAGAAUGACUACACUGACAAUCCCAGCCUUGCCCAGCUGGCAGCACAGAAGCGCCCCCGAGGCCACCAUGAACCCGCACUGAUCAGCCAGCACCUGCAGAGAUGUGAGCAGGAUGUCACCCACCCCUGGAUCUCUUUCAGUGGGCGGCCCAGCUCCAUCAGCAGCAGCAGCAGCACGUCUUCUGACCAAAGGCUCUUGGAUCACAUGGUGCCGGCCCCCGUGGUGGAUCAGUCUUCCCCGAGGGCAGUCCGGAUACAGCCCAAGGUGAUUAAUUGCAAACCCAUGGAUCUGAAGGGACUCAUGUCUCAGGAGCUUGACAAGCACUUUUUACUGUGUGAAGCCUGUGGGAAAUGCAAGUGCAAGGAGUGUGCCCUGCCGAGGACUUUGCCUUCUUGCUGGGUGUGCAACCAGGAGUGUCUCUGCUCUGCACAGAACCUGGUCAAUUACUCCACGUGCAUGUGUCUGGUGAAGGGAGUCUUCUACCACUGCACUAACGAGGAUGACGAGGGUUCCUGUGCAGACCACCCCUGCUCCUGCUCCCAUUCGAACUGCUGUGCCCGCUGGUCUUUCAUGGGUGCCCUCUCUCUGGUCCUGCCUUGCUUGCUGUGCUACCUGCCAGCCACCGGCUGCGUGAAACUGUCCCAGAGAUGCUAUGAUCAAGUGAACCGGCCCGGAUGUAGAUGUAAAAACACAAACAGUGUCAUCUGCAAGGUGGCGCUGGAUGGCAAAGCAAGCAGGCCAGAAAAGCCUUUCUGACCAUUUUGGAGGGUGGGGGGGUGAAGCAGGGGGCUAUGAGAAAGGUGGAAGAGACACCAAAGGGGAGGUUAUAACCUGUGUUCUGAGGAUAACAUGUGUUAGCCUUUGCCAUCAACAGAGAAAGCCGAAGUAACUAUUUCCAUAAACUGAAGCACUUUGGGUUAUUCAGGGUUUUGGAUUUGAUUAUCUAAAGUUAAACAGAGGGGGGCCAAUGGAGGAGGAUUCUUAAUACUUUACAGAGCCCAGGCCGAAAACCAACAUAGACUACAGAGUACAGCUGCUUAAAAAGUCUUUUCACCAUCUGGUUCAUAGUGCUGGUUGCUCACUGUGCCUACAUCGAGCAAGAAUAAUUAACUAUUAGCUUGGCAGGCACAUCAGCAGAAGCAAUAUUCAUUUUCAUUCACAAAAGAAUAGUGGAUUCAGAGUAGGGUGAGUUUUCUUCCUUUUUCAACUCUGAUUUGUGACCAGCAGCUGUUGAAGGUAAAGGGUUAACCUUUUUCUCUCCACUUGACUAUUAAAAGUGCCAGUUGAGUACAAAGUAAAUGUUUUCCCAAAGCUUUUUCCUUCCCCCUUCCAGAACAGAUUUUGAAGCAGAAAUAAUUUUUUCAAAUCACUUUCUAUAACUGUCAUUGCCAUUUAGGUAUAUUUCUAUUCCUACCCCACCUGUCACGUUCCCCUUUUGAUGCCAAUUUUAUUUUCUGACGGAGGUAGUGAUGGAAUCUCUCUCCCCCUCACCUUGCCUCAAUAAGAGGACUAUGGGCAUAAUGUGUUCUUCCCGACUCUCUUCCCACCCCCCGUGUCAAUUUUGUUUGAAAUUUUACUUUGUCACUUUGCUAGUGAGCCUAAGUUUGUAGCCGCAGAUGUCACAUUUAGUAGAUUUUAAAAAUGUAUUAUUACAUGAAUAGUAAAACUUUUUCCAAGGGGCUUUGAAUGAAUUUGACUUCUGUAGUGUUAUUUCUUGCUCAGCAAAUACUGAUGUAGAAGUCUCACUAAACUGAGAAAUUACACCUCUCUCCCCCUUCUCAAACUGUAGUAGCAAGGUCAAGAAAAACUGAGCACAAUACACAUGUACAUAUUUUUUUUAAAUGAAUAUCAAUCCAAUACCUGUUCUCAUGGAACAAGCUCUUCAGAUCUACUUUGCUGAUAAUAUUACGGACACUUUUUUUUUUUUUGGCAGAAUGACAUUUUGCUUGAAGCAUUUUUUCCCCUUUAUUUCUAUUGCUGCUGCUCAACUUUUGCCUUUUCUGUAUAAUAGUGUGUCUUUGUAAAGUGUAAAUAGAGAAAUUAAAGUGUCUAUUUUAGUGUUAAUGAGUACUGGGGGAAGUCAAGGGUGCAUAUUUAUGGAACCUUGCCCUUGGUUUUCAGUAGCUGAUGAUCAUAGGCUUUGUCUGUGCACUCAUACAAGGGCCAAGUCUGCACUUCCUUAUGCUGCAGUAACCCCUUUCUCUUGACAACUGCAAGGUGCUAUACAAAAAACGUUAUUCUAACAUGCAACAAAUCAAAUAGAUAGGUACUUGUUGCAUGCUGAAAGCUGAUUACUGUGUGUGUGUAUUUUUUUUAAUUAGAGGAAAUGUACUCCGUAAAUGCACAGCAAUGACAGAGAAAUGCCAUCUUUAAUUAGAUAAGCAACAGGUAAAGCUUAUGUAGCAUUUCCAGAAAUCACAUUUGCUUAGUUGUGAUACAAUUGCUGUUUUGUUUUUUCAAAAUGUACUCAUUGGACUUUUUUUUUUUUUUUUUUUUUUUUUUUUUUUACUUAAGAAUUCAUUUAUGAGAGGGUGACUUUUUGUUAAGUUUAAUUGUAGAUAUUUAUUAAGUGGGGGAUUGUUUUUUAAAAAAAACUUCCUUUUUAUAUUUAUAGCAUUAGCUGGCUUGUUUAUGGUAAAUCAUAGAAAAGGGAUACUGUAUCUAUGUUACCAGAUCCUGAUUCCUGUAGCUUACCCUCACCAGGAAGAUACUGUGUGUGCAGUGAAGCGGUUUGUAUGUUUAAUCUUGCACAAAUCAGAGAGAACCUUGCAGAGAAAAAAGAAAAGAACCCCAAACUGGUUGAACUGCUGGUUGAAUGUAUAAGGCAUUGCUAUUUAAUGGAAUGAUAUAUCAUUUAAAGUGUAAAUGGGCUAAAAGAUGGAGCAGCAACAAGCACAGAGAUCUAUAUCGGCUAUCUUCCACCUUGAACGUAUGCAGCGUCCAAAUGGCAACCAUCUAUACAUUUUCUGUUUACCCCAGGCCCUAGCUUAGUGCAGUAGGGUUUCCUAGUGCAAAUUUGCAGUAGAAAUUCUGUUGGCUGGCUGUAUGUUACUGCAAGCAAACAUAACAUUUGAAUGGUCUCCACUGUGCCUG